CUCCUCAGGGCGGAGAAGUUGAAUUUUCUUUCGUCUUUGUCAGUUGUUUGGCUAGUGUUUUUGUCUGUUUAUUUGAUUUACCUGCAUCAUUUUGCAGUUUAAUUGCAAGCAAUAGUAAAAUGGAAUCACCGAGUCCAGAGCUUGAUCAAAGUCUACAAGGUCUGCUAAGUUUUGAACGUUUGGACAGAGCUUCACCGGAUUUGUGGCCCGAACAGAUUCCUGGUGUAUCUGACUUUGCUUCUCUUACUGUUAGUCCGUUUUCAUUAUCAAGUACUCCACCAAAGUGGUUGGCUGAACUGGAGAAGGAUGACAUGGACAUGUUACAAGAAUUUGGAAGUCUCACUACCUCUCAACUGAUGGAGAAAGUGCGGGGACUCCAAAACCUAGCUUUUCAGCUUGGUCUGGAUGAAGCCAGAGAAAUGACAAGAGGAAAGUUUUUGAACAUUCUGGAAAAAGUCAACUCAGGGAGAAGAUAGGCGUACAUAGCUGGCUUAACAAUCUUUUUUCUUUUUUUAAAAAUUAGGCUGAAUGACUUCUGCCUAGACAGAUGUAGACAAUAGAAUUAAAGUUAAUGAAAUGUCUUAUCAUUAUCAUCUUUGUCAUGAACCACUCUGUAAUGUAAGAGCAGCUCUUAAGGUUCAAUUAUUAUGGGUGACAACAUGAUUUCUCAUGCAAUUUGGUGUUAAUAAGCACAAGUAAAUUUUUCAAAGGCAACAAAAUUGCACAUGCUGGGAGGGCGAGUGCAAUUUAUAGUCUCUGAAAAAAUUUACAAGAGCCUAUUUACGCCAAAUUGCACAAUAAUUCAUGUUGUUACUUGUCAAUAAUUUACACAAAAUUCAUGAUGGAAAAAAAUUGGCAGCAUGCUGUCGCUACUUGUAAUUUUCAGUUGUGUUACAACUUUGCACUCUUGUUACAACUUUGCACCAGUAUUACAUAAAAAUGCUCUCGUUUUUAGCCAGUCAGACGCAUGAAAUUUUUUCAUGUAUGAUAAUAAGAGAAUCAAAACUUUUAUGAUGAUGGAUGUUUUUGCUAGAAAUCUUCAACAGGAAAAUAAUACAGACAUCUCUAUCCAUAAUGUUUUGACUAUUCCAGUGGAAAGUUUUGUGAAAAUGAUAACUAUUAAGUAUUUGGCUUUUCUAGUGUUUACAGUGACAUUCUCACUGACUGUGUAAUUUUCAUUUGCUGCUCCUCUGUAAUUUUUUUUUUGGAAUAUUUAAGCAAAAGACAAGGCAUUGAUGUCUGUUGCCCCUUAUAAAAUAUUAGACUUCAUCUUCCUGUUCUAAAAUUAACUAGUUAAAUCACCAUAGCAUAAGUUAGAUGUAUACUAUCAUGACAUGAGUACCUUGGAAAGAUGUUUGUCAGAAAAAAAGCAAGAGCUAUUAGCUUUGCUGCAUAAUCUUGACCAACAAAACAUUAUAUCUUUGAGUUGCCAAUCAUAUACUGUAUUUCCUCAAAAAGCGCCUCACUCUAACUGAGCGCUUUCCCCUAAAUAAAUGCCAACCCCCUUGGCCAAUAUAUGAAACAAGUGCCCCCUUCCUCUUUUACUUUCUUAAAUAGUAGGAAGACAAGGAAAACCUGCCUCUACUGCCACUUUAUUUAUAACUUUUUCAGUUUUAACUACAGUGGAUUCAAUACAGCUUAAUAGUUUCUUGAUAAGGGCUCCCCAUGAUUAAGCACCCAUCUUCCGAUAAGCGUCUCUCUUUUGAGCGAAAUAGUUGAAUAGGUGCACGGGUGCUUAAUUUGCAAGGAAAUCAAUUAUCCAAGUGGUUUGACAUAGUCAUGAGUUAUAUUGUAAAUAUUUGCUGUUGCUUAGAAAGAAUAAAAUCAAUAAGCUUUCUUCAA